ACUGUAUCCUCAUGUUCAGGUCGUCCUCUUGAAGGAGCCUCGAUCAUCGCUUUGGAAGUGUUUCUGUGAGGCCUGUUGGAGGGACAGAUUAACAUCCCUUGGCUAUAGUAUAGGCGCGCCCGUAAUCCUUCGUACUCUUGACGCAGGUGAUUAGCGGCAUGACCUCCCCUCGAGUUCCGCCAGAAUUGAGCGAUCAAAUCAUCUCGCACCUGAACGGAGACACAUCUGCCCUCUCAGCUUGCGGACUCGUAUGCAGGAACUGGCUUCCUGCUGUACGUUACCACCGUUUUGAUUCUCUCGACUUGCGAUAUCGCGAAGCCAAAGGUUUUCUACGUCUUUUGGACCAGUCUCCGGAACUAGGCCGAUUCGUCACAUCUCUAUCGUGGCGUUCAAGUGUGCCCUACAUGAUUUGGUAUAGCAUGUCAUCUAGGUUCAUUCAUGAUCUUUCUUGCAUCUUGGAGAAGCUUACGUACGUAACGAAAUUGAAGUUGUCCGACUUCAUCGCCACUGGAGAUACACAUCGGGAACCUCUGGCUAGGCUCUCGGUGGUCCUCUCAAAUUCUUCGGUCAAAGCAUUGUAUUUCAUGAGCUGUCAUACGACUUUCGCGUUUCUCUCUAUACAAGUGGCGUCCUGCCCCUUGCUGGAAAUGUUUGUUGUAGAGCUGGCAAACAUAGGGCCGUCUGAGAAUGAAAACAUGAUGCUAUCCGAUAGGCGACAUCUCCAGUCUCUCAGCCUCGGUCGGAUGACAGACACUGAUCCCGCAGAUCUUUUGCACUGUAUCGCGGGAAAUAUGGCUGAUUUUUGCCUUUCCAACUUGUCAAUGGAGGUGUGGGACGCGAAUGAUGCUCCGCUCGCGGCUGCUGCCUUACAAAGAUUCAAGCACUCGAUGGUCGGGUUUCAUUUAACCGUCAACGCUGAAGCCAGUCUUCCACAGCUUUUUCGCAACGUCGACCUUGAACUCGAGAAAUGUCAACAAUUACAGCAUUGUCGCUUGACUUUCCACCUUCGGGAGAUGUUCGUGGCCGAGAACCAAUCGAUACCCUGGAUACAUGACUUGGUUGCGCGACUGUCUUCCCCCGUACUCGAAACCAUCGAGAUAUCCGUAUUUGCGGACCCUAUGACGGAUCUUAGGGCACUUGACUCGGAGUGUGGAACUAGGUCACUGGACAGAGUAUCUUUUGAUGCAAUGGACGCGCUGGACUGGAGGCGAUUGGAGUGCAUAUUCACUAGCAGUACACUGGGUUCUCUGCGGAAGGUCGUGUUGGUCGGACAGGGAGACCCAUCUAGAAUGCGGACCUUCCUCGCAGAGUCACAUCCAGCAUUACAACACGUUAUAGACUUGAGAUAAAGAUUUCAUACAAAGUUCAGCAAAUUUCUCUGCUACAUGUUUGCAAUGCGAACUCUCAUUUCAAAGCUGAUUGAUAGAGACGGGAUCAUGUUCACGGAUGGACCGCUAAACCCCUUCAUUCCGGGGCCCACAAGAGAUUAUCCCAACAAACUUCAAGUUCAAUGGUCUGAAUCAUAGAAGCUUGACACCUUAAGUUUAACAGGAUGAAAGAUGGCUAUUCGAGAUUCAGUGUAGCAGCUCUCAUAAGUGUUUAUAGCUUUAUUAUAUCCUCAAUUACUCUGAGAGUUGGCCACGAAAUCGAAGACUUCAUUAUCAUUC